AUGGGUGCUUUUAAUUAUAAUGAUAACUCUAUCGAGGGCGAUGUUUACAUUCAGAGAUUAUCAACAUAUGUCAGAAGAAAUGAAGAAGCAUUGGCUAAUGGAUUAAUGUGUUUCUCAAAGAACCGGUCAAACCCAAAUGUCAAGCCCCUAAGAUUAAGCUUUACUAUCCACCAUCUUUAUUAUAUUACAGAGAGAAUUGAGUCAUCCCCUCUCGGAGUUGACGUUGGCCCGCUUAAUAUUAAGCUUGAUAAUCCAAAUCAUGUACCUACUUUUAUUUCAUUCAUGGCGAAUAACGCCAGAUCAUCAAGGCAUUUUGAAAGUGAUGCCAAGUCUAUCACUUCAAUCAAUUCCAUGAGGUCCAUCGUAUCUAGUGCGUCCGUGUACUGGCGAUCGUUUGCGUUUAGUAAAGAUCCGAAAGUCAUUAAUAAGGAUUUAAGAUAUUUGUAUUCGUCAUUUACAAAGAUUCCAUGUUUGAUUUUAACACCAAAGACUAAGAUAAACAGCAUUACUUCCUAUGAAGAAUAUCCAUGUGAUACGUCAGUUCCGAUAAAGAUGUUCAAAAAUUUACAGGUAUUGGAACUUGUAGAUUACGAACCUAAUGAAAUAUUUGGCUGGAACAUACUUAGUGAACAAUUAAGAGUAUUGAUUAUUAAAGAUUCAAAAAUCUCUGAUAUUGGGGAAAUCCUAUUUAAUUUAGUCAUAGAUGAUGAAAGUGGAAGAUCAUCUUUUAACUUCCAUAAGCCUUCAAGAAAACAAACGCAAGAUGCUGAUACAUCAUAUGCAGAUAAUGACUUCCAACCUUUCAAUCAUAAUAGUAGACAGGGCAUUAAAAGAGAAAGAUCUAAAACAACUGGAGCAGGCUCCGCACCCAAGGAUUUGUUGUACAGCGAUACUAAUUUAACAAGAUUUGGACAAGAUAAUACCUCAGACUCACCUGAUAAAGACUACUAUUCUUUAUCGGAUGGGAAGUGGUCAGUUUUGAAGCAAUUAACAGUUUCAGAAACUUCCAUAACAUCCAUACGUCCAUAUGUUUUCAAACCAUUAGGUAAUUUGGUCAAAUUGAAUUUAUCAAAUAAUUUAUUAGAAAGCUUACCAGAAGGCUUGGAUCAAUUGCAUAAUAUUAAAUAUAUUAACUUCGCCGAUAACUAUAUUACUGAUCUAAAAGCUUUGCCAAAAAAUCUUAAAUAUUUGUCCACUAUUAACUUCAACAAUAAUAAAUUGAAAAGCUUGGCGGGUCUAGAAAACUUGUGCUCGUUAGAGAAAAUUGACUUGAGAAGAAAUGAUUUAAAGGAUAUCAAAAGUUUAAAACCAAUCAUUUUACAAUUUAUAAAAAACCCUGAAAAAUUCACGAACGUUUAUCUAGCAAAUAACGCUUUGCCCAAGAAUUAUAGAAUCGAGUUAUUUAACUUAUUCAAUGGAGUUAAGUAUAAAAAUAACAUGAAAAUAGAUGAUUCAAAACCUGGAUACUUUGAAAGUGCGCUAUUAUUAGACGCCGAAGGCGCCUUUAAAUCUUUGGAAAAGCUAUUUGGUUACAUCAAUGAUACAAAUAAAUACACAAAAGAACUAUCCCUCCCCCUUAUAUCAACAAAAGUCUUUGCUGGAUUCGAAAAGGAGAGGGGGAAAGAUGCGGAAAUUCAAACCCUUGUUGAUCCCUUAGCUACAAUGAAUUUAAUUUCUGAAAGCGAUGACAAUUUGAGAGCCAGAAAGGUCGAUAUUUCUCAUAUAAUGACUAUGAAUACAAUGUCGCCUAUUCUCCUGUCUGAUUCAACUAGCAUUAUUUCUGCUUCGUCGAAGCUUCCUACGCCCAAUUCCCCAUUAUACAAUAACCAAAACUUAACUAACAAGCAACCCACUCCUGACACUUCUUAUACUGCCAAGCCAACCAUAUCUACACAAACUGUGAGUGUCAGUUCCACUCCACCAGUACCAACUUCAUUGAAAAGGUCCACUACCUUAAGCCAAUUAGACAUAGAAUCACCAUCAUCCAACAAUGCUGCUCCUGGUAUUAUAACAAAUGUUCAAGUCACUGCCAGAAUGAGUACCUGA